AUGACGACGAAAAUCGACAAGCUCGAGGAGUCGGCCCCUCCGACCUAUCGACCGGACUCAUUGCUGCCGCCAACCGGGGAUCUUCCUCCAUCGUAUCGAGAAGGCUCCCCCAGCUCAAAGGAGGACCUGGUCCCUGCCGGAACACUCCUCUUGGCCGGUACAACAAUCUUUAACGCCGGCGCCGCAGCCACACCGCCCCUUUACGAACUGACCUACGCCGUCGGUCAUCUUCGCGAAUCAUACACCAAAGUCUCUUUUUACCGAUACGAACAUAAGGUCAGCGAGCGACCCCAGGAAGAUGCCUCCAACCCAGGCCCCCGUAUCACGUCUCGUAAGAAGCACAUCUUUGAUCUCCGUCGCGACCCGAACAUCAUGUACUCGUCAAUGCCCUACCAUCUCGAGUGUGUCUCGCGAAGCGGUCUGGCCAACCUUGGACUGCAAAGCUACAACCAUGUAACCUCAAAAGGUGUACGCGCCGUUCGCGUCACGAAAGCGAAAGUCAACGCCGAGUUGGAGGCUGGAGAGAAGGUCUUUGAAGCCAAGAAACGUGGAGAGGGGCGGCACGAAUGGCGAGAUAAGACCGAUGGCGACACGGUUGUUGCACAUGAGACGGCAGAAAAUGGCAUUUACAAGCUGCAAAUCGUCAUCCCUAUGGCUCGUGAUAAGAGAGAUGCGCUUGUUGCAACUUGGUGUUUGCGUCUGUGGCGGGAGAUCGCCAUGUCCAAGGUUGAGCCGUUGAGCUGGGCCCAAGUCAAACACGUCUUACAGUAUGACACGAAGGAAUUCCCGAUCGGAACUGGCUGGGGCAUUUGA